CAAUGAGAUGCCUACGCUAAUUGAUACAUGACUGAUAUCUCAACAGCACUAACACAAUCACAAGAUGUCUACUCCAGCUGCCAAACGUCGAAGAAUCGAUACCGCUUCCCAAACACUCUCCAAGCCCUUUCGCUCGCCCUUUAAGACGCCCUUAAAGUCGCCAGAGAAGACUUCAGCAUCGCAAGACAGUACCUUGACAGCAACCAAGAGCAGCGUUCCUCUCACGCAUAAGAAUACGAACUCCCUCCUCUACGACCCCUCAAAAACUACCAGCCUCCCAGCUCCGUCAACCUCGUUGGCAACGCCGAAUCGUUCAAACCGAGCAAAGAAGAUCUUCUCAUCGCCUGUCCAAGCUGCUGCGCUUAAUACCGACCCUGAUAUAGCUCCACUAUUACGCGCUCAGAGAGAAAUGGAAAAGCAAUUACGCGAGUUGAAGGAAGAAUUAGAUACUGCCGAGCAGGCGGGGAAGAUUGAGGCUGAUAGUGCGAAGAAGGAUCCUAGUGGAGAGAUUGAUGGCGAGCUGGUAGAGCUGAUUGAGAAGUGGAAAACUGCUAGUCGACAGGCCGCAGAGGAGUUGUUUGGGAAGGUCAGGGAUAGGGUCAAUUGGAUGGGUGGCCCAAGAGCUUGGAAGGAGAUGCAGAAUAAACAGCAGGAAUUUCAAAACAGUUGGGACCAGGAGGAACAGACGAACAAUGACUCCCAAGAUGACGAUGGGGAGGGGAAAGAUAUGGAGAAGAGGGAUCUCUAUGCGGAGUAUGAUAUCGAGCCUGAGACUGAGAACGAAAAAUCACAGCGUGCCAAGGGAGUUGGUGAUACCGGAGAGUUGCCUGGACAAGAAGACGAAUUUACAAUGGCUAUGAUGCUGAGAACACUCAAUGUGGAUUUGGACAUCAUUGGUUAUGAUAGAGAGCAACAAAGAUGGAUUGACUGAUAGACCCACGAAGAAGAGAGAGGAGUUGAGACACAGUAUACCGCGGGGAGCUUUGCAGCAUAGCUGAAAGAUUUCUCCUUGCAUCUUCACGACUUGAUACCCACUUUUGUGCACAUUGCAUUUAGAGCGUAGCUGCCAUUACAGAAAUAAACCAAAGAUUAUGUUGAAAGCAGUACUUUUGAC